AUGAAGACUCUGACGCCUCUUUCGAUGAGCACUCUGAAGCCUCUUUCCAUGAAGACUCUGACGCCUCUUCCAAUGAGGACCUCGACAUUGGAAGAGCCCGACAUCGCCACCGUCGAAGAAAUCUGCUCCUACAGCGCUUCAGACGACCUGUUUGUUGUUAGAAACAACAUUCCAGGAUUCCGUAACACGUUUACUGAAUCCCACAACAUCCUUACCAAGAUUGAAAGAAAGAUCAGUGCCUCCACUUCUGGAAUUCUACAACGUCGAGGUCCGCUGGAUUUUCUCUCCAAGGUUCCCGUCCUUGUCGAUCCUUCUCUACCUUCUGUCCUGGAAGCCAAGCGUCCGCCGUCCUGGGAGUGGUUCCAAGUUCUGCCAAACACCCUUCAUCUGCCGAUCGAUAUGCUCAAAACCCAUGCCCUCAUCUACGCGGUGCCUGGGAGUACGGAGCACUGUCGUUUCCUGUACGUUGGUUCCACAUACUCUCCAUCUCGUGGUUGCUUUCUACGAAUGGGCUGCUACGAUAGAUUUAUUGAAGCCCUGAAAGCGUUCCUCGAGGGCUUCAUAACUAAGGAACAGCUUUACCAUGUCACUCAGUGUACUUCGCUCGGCACCAACAUCAGAAGAACCGUGGCAGAAGGUGGUAUAUUCAAGCGGGUCGCUGUCCUCGCUAUGAUUCCGAUGGGAAAAACCAGCGAUUUCUCUGUCGCACAAAUCAGCGCCUACGUCAAGUUCCUCGAGGCCAUGUUCCACACACGCCUCUGGUCUUUCCACCAAUCCUCUGAUGCCAAUGAAAACCAUUACUUGAAGCCAGCCUGUCCAUGGAAACUCAAAGAAUUCGAUUACCGUGGUCUCAACUCUCAUUCUCCUUUGAUGGAGCGAACAAAGGGCCUUGAAGCGGAGCUUCCUGCCUCCGAAUUUGAGAAAUUCUGUGCCAUGCGCAUGGAAGCUCUUCGUCAGACAUCAUUAGCAAAAGCUAGGCUGAUCACGCAAGUUCGUGAUGCAAUGAGAGAAGCCAAAUCCACUUCGUCCGAGGCUCCAUACAAAGCUCUGGCCAAGGCUUUGGGAGUUCCCCAUUCUCAUAUCCAAGUGCUGGUUUCUCGGAUCCGUACGAACGAUGCCAAAAUGACUGAAAAAGGACGCCGGAUAUCUGCCCUUCGUAGAGGUAUCGAGACUGGCGAAUUCAACCGGGAGAGCUUGAAACCUUCUGACCGGCUCCUUGUCGACAAGCGCGAGUCACAAUUGAGUCACGAACGCAAAUCCAGAGCUAAGCUUCAGGCUGUGAAAGAUGGUGAGGUCGAACUGGACAGUCUAGAUGCAUCCGUCCUCACUCACGUCAACAAGUAUGAAAAACAACUCGAAUCAUCCAGAAUCGCGACAAAAGUGAUGAAUGGUGAAAUCGAGCUCGCUCAAGUCGAUCCAAUAUUACGGGGACGUGUUGAGGGUCACAUGGUGAAACGCAAAGCCGAAGAGGAUAAAGGCAAGGCCAGAAGGAAGCUGGAGCGGGAUGCGAAACAAGAAGCGGCAGUCAAAGAGUUUCUAUCCUUCACUGCAUACUCAGGCAUCAACAAGCAAAAAUGGGGAAGGGUGAUCAACAUUGAGAUUCAAGAGGGGCGUUGGAUUGAAGCUGAUCUGAAUCCGAAGACCCGUGAGAUUUACCGCUACUACAAAGAUCGCGAAGGGAAGCAAAGAGCAACCGAUCGCAAAAGAAGCAGGAAAAUAUCAGCCGGCAAUCAGCUGGUCAAGGCAGUCAAGUCAGGCCAGCGGGACAAGGAUGAAUUUACAGCCGAGGAACAAGACCAAUACGAAACUGCACUCAAGGCCGCGGUAACCCAGAAAAAAUCCAAUGAGAAGAAAAAGAAGAACAGGGCUGCACAAAAGAAGGCUGCACAACAGAAGGCUGCACAACAGAAGAAGGCUGCGCCCAAAAAGAAAUCCCACGCCAAAUGA